AGUUCCUCUAGUUCUAGUGUAUAUGGAUAACGUUCCUGAAACCAUUUAUAUACAAUGAAACAUAAAUUUUAGAAAGUUGACUUAGGUCCUCAUUGAAGUGUCUUUACAACCCACAAUUAUGGCUUUCAGACCAUUAACAGAAGCAGAGUGUGGCCAGGCAAACCCUUUGUCAAAGUUGACUUCUCAUAUCACACAUGAUCACACAUUUGCUGAUAGUCAUGGACAACUUUUCCCAAGUAGCUCUGAUCAAUUGGUUGAACAGUUCCUUCAGGAAACUAGAGCUAUACCACAAACUUUUAGAAUGGAUGAUUUGAUGAGGGAAAUGCAUGAAAUAGAGUCACAAAGGUCUGCUCUGCCUCCUAUACCAGCUUCAACAGUCAAAGAUCAACUACAUGAUGAUGCCUGGGCACAACAAUAUAUUGAUGAUGGAAAGCAGUUUCCUACAGCAAGCAAUGAGAGUGUAUGGGCUGAAAUUAUCUCUCAAGAACAAAGCCAACAUGACUUUGAAGCCCUAGCUGAUGUGUGGAGUAAUGAGAUGUUGAAUGCACAACCAGGCCCUAGUAUGGAUUUAUUUUCAUCCAAUGAAGAGCUAGCAGCAACCUCUGCUGAUGACAAUUCAAAAUAUGUAUAUUCAAAGUUCAUGAAAUUUAUGAAGGAAGAAGGGGAUGUUAAUUUAGAAGAGGGCAAACUAACUGAAACUGAAGCAGUAGCAUGGACUAAUGAAUAUUUCAGGACAGAAGGGAAAGAAACCACACAAACUGUUGCUGGGAAUUGGGCUGAGGAACAUCUUCGCUCUAAAGAAGAGGAGUUCAACUCUACAUUUUGGAAUAAACUGCAAGAAGAGUUCAAAACAGUGAGCCAAUCUGAAACUGAUCCUUCACAGUCAUGGAUAGAUGAAUUUAAUUCUUAUUAUAAUACUGCUCAAAAGGAAUAUGAAUUCAGUGAAGAAAAUCCAAUGUUGAAUUUACAAAAACCCCUGGAAAAGGGCAAACAAUUCUUGGAAGAAGGAGAUUUUCCUAGUGCUGUAUUAUGCUUUGAAGCAGCAGUCAAACAAGAAGCUGAAAAUGCUGAAGCCUGGUUGUUACUUGGCACAACCCAAGCAGAAAAUGAGCAGGAUCCAAAUGCUAUACCAGCACUAAACAAAUGUCUCCAGUUGGACCCUACCAACCUUUCGGCGUUAAUGGCACUGGCUGUCAGUUAUACUAACGAAAGUUACUACAACCAGGCAUGUCAGAUGCUGUUGAAUUGGUUGAAAACCAAUCCGAAAUACAGUAGUAUGAUACCAGAAAACUUGAAGCUAUCUGGGCAAGUUACAAGUUUGGUAGUUCCGGAUGAUCACAGGACAGUUCAAGACCUGUUUAUAAAAGCUGCACAAAGGCAUCCAAAUGAUGUGGAUUAUGAAGUGCAGUGUGGAUUAGGGGUUCUGUUCAAUCUCUCAGGGGACUACAAUAAGGCAGCCGACUGUUUUUCCACCGCUCUUUCUGUAAGACCAGAAGAUGCCAGGCUGUGGAACAGGUUAGGAGCAACUUUAGCGAAUGGUUCCAGACCUGAGGAAGCAGUUGAUGCCUACCAUAAUGCACUGAACCUUUCUCCAGGUUUUAUUAGGGCAAGGUACAAUGUUGGAAUCACCUGUAUAAAUUUGAAUGCAUACAGGGAAGCUGCAGAACACUUCUUGACAGCACUAAACCAGCAAGCUAGGGGAAAAGACAUAGCAAAUUUGGGAUCCAUGUCUCAAAUGUCUGACACCAUUUGGACGACACUCCGUAUGUGCAUUUCAUUGAUGAACAGAGGCGAUCUUAAGCCCUUAGUAGACAGGAAAGAUUUAAAAGGGUUGAAUGAACAAUUUGCAAUAGACUAAAAUGGGGCUAACCUGUUGUGGCAUAGGGUGGGAUUGGUCAAGUUUCAAAAAGAACGAAAUUGAAAUUGUUAUUUUUUUAAGAAUUAAAUUGAUAGCAACAUUAUUGGUUUCAAAUAUAUUAUUACUGUUG